AUGAAUGCGGCACGAUCCUUGCACACAGCAUCAGUACUAGCUAAUGGCAAGGUCUUGAUUGCUGGUGGAGUCGCUUACAAUGCAAAUUAUAAUUUGAUGGCAAAUAGUGCGGAAUUAUAUGAUCCGGUAACAAGAAGUUGGACAACAACUGGAAAUAUCAUUAUGGCACGAUACUGGCAUACUGCAUCAAUAUUGAGCAAUGGCAAAAUUUUAAUUACUGGUGGAGUCAUUUGUUGUGAAGGUAGUAAUAUGCCGUUAAAUACUGCAGAGAUAUAUGAUCCAUCCACAGGGUCUUGGACAAUGACUAGCAGCAUGACUAUAGCGCGAUACUGGCACACAGCAUCGAUAUUGGCAAAUGGAAAGGUUUUGGUUGUUGGUGGGGUGAGCUAUAGUGGAAAUAAUUCCGUGCUAUUAAAUAGUGCGGAACUGUAUGAUCCAUCGACAGGGAGUUGGACGAUGACUAACAAUAUGACUUUUCAACGAAGUAGUCACACAGCAGCCAUAUUAUCUAAUGGAAAAGUCUUGGUAGCUGGUGGGUAUGCUACUAAUGACAACAAUGAUAAUUUGUCAAAUACUACAGAGUUGUACGAUCCGUUAACAGGACUUUGGGAAUUAACUGGCAAUAUCACGAUCCUGGCAUGCUGCAUCGUUAUUUGCCAAUAA